CCUCUCCAACGGGUCUGUUACACACUGGAUUGCGUCAAAAUCUCCACCUCAAGGCUCUCUCUCUAUCUCUCUGCCUGUUUCACUCGUCUUGCUUAGAGUCUUUCAGGGUUGAUUGCUGUACCAGUUUUUUCAGGGUGGACAAAAAAAGAAGAAGACUUGGAUGAUAAACUCCCAUCCCAUCUCAGGUCGUAUUAUAGCAAUGAGUUUCGUUUCUGUUGCUGCUCUUUUUGUGCUUUUCUGUGGAAUGCAGUACUGUGCCGUUUGACUUCGGUUUGAUGGUUCAGCUUGUGAGAAGGAUGGUGCCUAAUUUAACGUUAUGCACCGGAGCAGCUGGUUUUAUUGAGUAAAUUAUACUGAUUACUGAUCCCGUUGUUCUUGUGUUUGUUUUUGUGGAACACAGUACUGUAGCUUUCGCAAGUUUCAGGUUGAAGGUUUAGCCUGUGAGAAAAAUGUUGAACGAUUUAGUGUGUAUCUUCAGGGCACUUAUCUUCAGAAGUGCAGGGGAGUACCUGGAGAUAAAAGUUUUUUGACUCAGACUCAGGUUUGUUGUCAUGAGACAGACAUUUUAAAGGAAAACCAAGCCAUGUUUACAAUUUGGUUUUGGGAGGGUUUGAGAGAUUUUCCAGCUUUUUAAAAAAAUUUGGAGUCCCCUAGAUGCACAGUUUCUCACUUUGUACUACUUACCAUGAAUGCUGUAUCCUUGUUUCUCUUUUCAGUGAAUAAUUAACCCGAUGAUUGAUUAUUUUGGCUCAAUUUGGCUUACUUACAUUUACUAUUCUGUUUCAGUCAGCUGAAGAAUUUACUCAGAAGGCACAGCAUGUGGUUAUACUGUUAAUAAUAAUGUUACCAUUACAUUUCAAAAUGUCUGCUGCUGAUAAAAAUAAUUUUGUUACAUCCCGUUAUUGGUCUUGUGUGACAGAAAUCAGUGUUUUGUUAUACCUCACAUAAGUGAUUAUUGCAAACACACAUGCCUACAGGUUUAUAAUUAUAUGUUUGUGGGAACUCUCAAUUAAUUUUUAUGGGCAAAACUCUAAUUCCAACAUGAUGACCCUAACCCCCCACAACAUCAAAGUAACAGGUUUUUAUUACGUUGUGGGGGAUAUUUGGUGCCCACAAUGUAAUAUAAACCUAAUCCACACAUAGACACACACACAUACAGUACACACGCACACAAACACACACACACAAAAUUACAGAAUGCGGUUGCUGGGAAAGGUCGUGUAUCCCAUAAUGACAUUUGUUUUCAGGGACUUGUAAAAGCCUGACCGUCUCGUGAGCUUACGCAAAGGAAUUUUGAGCUGCCAGGCCUCAGCCCCAGGGAAAGCGUCUCUCUCUGUUUACUUUGGGCUGUGUUGAUGAAAUGGGUGACGGACAGAGUCUCUAACACUGCUUCUCUAGAAUAAACAGCCAUAUUCUCCAGGGGCAGCAAGCAAGAUUAUUUCAGUGGCUCAAUGUGGAGCUUUUACUUCAUAGGUGUUGUAAGUGAAGCUUGUUAUCGGUUGGGUAUUAUUUGCUUAAUAAAACAAUGGAUAAUAGGCUCAGUUUGAAUUAUGAAAAGUCUUUGUAGUGUGGAAAAAUCACUAUUGCUAAGUUCAGAGUAACCAUGAAAGAUUCAUUUUUUUGUUGUAAGAAAUCGAUUCCCUGUUUGUGUCAAAAUUGUUAGCGAACCGGAGAUUGAAAUUGCCCAUAACUAUUCUGUUGCAUAUUAUAUUGAUUACUAAUGCUUCCAUAUAUUGCUGGCAGAAUUAAGAAAAAAUGAAGUGUAUAGGCCUUAUAUAGAUAUGUAUAUAUACAUGUCACUGUCAUUAAUUAGCACAGUCAAGUAUAUUCGCUAACGCCCGUACUUCCUUCUGCACACUCAACCUCCUUCCCACUCAGUACUUUGUUAACAAUUAAGGAGACAGUCUUAUUCAGAACUGAUUCAUGUCCAAUUGAUUUCACAUUCUGGGAAAAAUGGCGAGUGGGAGACAAGGCAGCGCCCCAAACUGCUGAGACCUGAACCACAGCACCCCUGUCCCCAGAGACAAGACAGCGCUCCGAACCACAACACCCCUGUCGAAAAGACAGCGCUCCGAACCACAACACCCCUGUCGAAAAGACAGCGCUCCGAACCACAACACCCCUGUCGAAAAGACAGCGCUCCGAACCACAACACCCCUGUCGAAAAGACAGCGCUCCGAACCACAACACCCCUGUCGAAAAGACAGCGCUCCGAACCACAACACCCCUGUCGAAAAGACAGCGCUCCGAACCACAACACCCCUGUCGAAAAGACUCUCAGUGGGUUCAUCCAUGUUUUUAUUCAUAAUCAUGACAACAGAAAAUAGCAUUUGGAAACUGGGGCAGUGACUUGUGGAUAGGCUUGCCCAAAAUUUAACCAGAAUUUAAAAUAAGUACACAUCAGGAUAUUCUGAAUAAAUUCUGAAGGUAUUAUUCCUUUCAGGUAAAUAGGUUAAGCUCGAUGAGUGGCACACUCUCCCUCAAUGAGAGCCUGCACAGCCUAAACGAAAAUGUGUGGUUAAUCAGAUGCCCCUUAACAAUGUCCAAAUUAUUCCUGCUUUACAUCAUAUCAACUCAAAGCUAUGCUGUGAAAAAAUACCCUCUCAAGCGAUACCUGGCCAGUAGUUCAUUCUCAGUAGGCAGUUUUAUAGAGGGCAAAGGUUCACAGACUUGUUUUCGGUCGUUUUUGUCAGGACCUUAUUUGGUUAGAGUUCCUUAUCCUCUGCUUUUGAUCAGGCCCACAUAAUGCCACUGAUGCCGAAAAUCUUCAUAUGCACCUGAUGGAAAUCUCUGCCUGCGAACCCUUUAUACGACAUGCCACUAAUUUGAGGCCUGAGUUCUCCACUUGUCACCAUGGUAAUAUCGCUUAUUCUGGUGACAGGUAAUAGCUCCAAGUCCAGAAUGACUAACAAGAAAGAAAGUGUGGUGAGGAUACAGUAAUCGCCAGGAAAACGUGGGAAGCGACUAGUCAUUUGUUAUGUGUGUUGACAGUAGGUUGCUCACCUGAUGUUCACAAGCACAGAGUCUUAAUCACAUGUGCCUGUAUAUAGUUAACUGAUUGCUGUGGGGUGCAAGCUGUUCGUAUUGGAAGAUUUGCUUGGGUUAGUAUUAGAGGUCUGUUUGGAGUGCAGGGUUAGCUUGCUUUAUCACUGGUAUACCCACCCCCCCAGAUCUCAUUUGGUAUCAAAGGCCCUGUGAUCUCUGGUGUUAAUGUAAUUUAUGUUCCUGUCAUCUACCCAGUAUAGUGGCAUAAAUAUAAGUAGGAAAGGACAACCCAUGAACACUAUUGGGCUUGUUUUUCCUCAUCCCAGUCAAAUUCUAUGUAAAUAACAUGCUUGUUUUUGCAUUUAUGCUGAACAAUAUAAGGCUGUGAGGCCUAUUUAAAUAUCAAAUCAGCACAAGAGCCGUACUCAUACCGCCUGCUAGUUAAAGUGCGAUAGUAUCCCAGCACCGUAGACAUCCAUUGAUCCAUCCAUUUUAUGAAAUCGCUAUUCAGGGUCGUGGGGGGGUCCAGAGUCUAUCCCAGAGGCUAUGGGCGCAAGGCGGGGAACAACCCAGGAUUAAUUAAAUCCAGGAAAUAAAGGUCUAUAUACAAAGUACAUCCUUGGUUCUAUAUGCAUAGCACUAGUGUGCUACUGAUGUCCAAACCUGUAGCACCUUUCCAUCCACACAUAGUAUGUCAUGUUAGCAUUUCAGCUUUCCCCAGCUGGUUCUGCUCAGUGGUUGUUGGUACAGAUGGGCCAGUUUCAGUUCUGUGGCCCUGCCAGUCUUUGCCGUGAUCUUCAGGUUUAAGAAGCCAUCGGCUGUCCAUGUGGCUGCUGCCACAGAUGCAUAGAUUGAUAGCUGUCUUCAUACAGCUGAAUGUGGGAAGGUGGACAGUCAUAGUCUCAUUUUUAGUACUUCACUGGAUGCAUAGUCUUUUUGUAUGCAGCUGAAAUAGUGGCUUUUUAUGGCUACAGCUGUAGUGCUAUGUGCGCAUUUCCAGACGAUGGCAAAUUAGCAGACUGCUAUGUGGUGAGUCUGACACAGACCUACAGUCUGUGAGUAUAGAGUACAGUUAUGCCAAUAGCUACAGUCAUAAAAAAAUACCAAGUCUGUCAGGAGGUAACGAAAUGCAGUAAUUAUUUCUCACCAUUCCUGUGUGAUCGGCAUUAGUGUUAUGAAGAAACGGGUCUAUUCACAUUCUGAUUGUGCCGUAAUAGUUUUCGACACACUGCUCUGAAUGGAUAUUUUAAAUUUGUGUUUGUCUAAAGUCCAUCAUUUGCUGUAGUGGGUGGUCAUACAGCAGGAGCACAAGCUCAUAAAUGCAAAAACGGUGGGUGCAGGUGUUAGCAAUGUACUAAUAUAGGCUGCCAAUGUAAAUGUUGUGUUGCCUAGGCUUUGGGAUGCUGUGUCCCAGUGGAUCUGCACCGGUGCAUGGGCCUGCAUUGUUCCAACUGCUUAGUCAUUCCCCCCCCCACCCCAUAAUGGCACGUGGUGCUGUUUCCUAGCCUGAUCUGAAUGAGCUCAUUGCAUUACAAAUUGAGGCUGGUUACUCCAUGAUGGCUCCGAGCUCGUUUUCUUUUGUGAUUUUGCUUCCACCUGGUUUGGUCUGUCCUCCCACGUGGUUCUGGUGGUUUUCUGAGCAUGAAGGUCACUGUGACAGCCGUACGAAGACUUUUUGGAGCUGUUCAGUGUUUUUUACAAAUUAUUUACCUGGCAGGUAGUUAGUGCUGCUGAAUUUCAUUUGGGAUAAAGAUUUCACACAGUUAUUCAGUGUGCUGUGUGUGCGUAGGCCGUAUGUACAAACACAUUAAAGCAAAUGUUGCCAUUCAUUUUUUUUUCCCCCAUUGUCAUUCGGUUCUCUUGGCAGUGCUUCAGAUCACACGUGAGACACGCAUGCAAACAUCCAUGACAGUAUUGUGCUUUUCUGUAACUCGGGAGAUUCUUCAUCACAAGCAGAGGCAGAAAAGGCACAUAACUGUAGCAAAAUAGCAGGACUGAGCCCCCUGUACCUCAGCCCUCCAGCAUAAGCCUGCGCACGCACAGCAGUAAAGCACAGUCAGUAUUAAAGUAAUUUCCAACGAGGGUGAAUUGGUGGCAUUCAGAACAAGGACCGAAACUGUAACUAUUAAUGUGUCACCCUGCAAGUCAGAGGUAUUUAACGGCUGAAAGUAACAAGUAGUAACAAUGGCUUAGUAUUGUAAGGCAGUAAGUUUCAUGUGCAUUAGUUAAGUUGUCUUCUUUUAAAGGCCACUGUUAUAUGUGCAGUAUUGUGCAAAACUCUCAGACAGUCAAAAAUGUGUAACUGAUCUUCAUGUUGAUGUAAAACUAUGAUAUUUCGUUUGUCAGUGUGUGCAUCGUAGCCAUUUCAAAGCCUCUCGUAAAAUCACUGCAGUAGUCGCAGUAACCCUAAAAUACACAUGAUUAGUUGGUAUUGUGUUCAUUUCUAUGAUGUGAUUAUAAAGGUUUUUCAUUUUCUUCUUGUUUACAUGCCACCAUUCCAGCCUAAAUACUACAACACUGUACAGGAAAAUACAAUUUCAGCAGUGGGAGAACAACUCCUGGGGUAAAAUGGGUCAUACCCAUUUUAUACAGUACUACUUAAAAUUGUUUUAAGUAUUGUACGAAAUAUUUUUUCUUAUAACUUCCACCAUAAUGAGAUUGUAUACUGUACAUACAAAUGAGAGAUAUAAAAGUAGCAUAUCACAAGCUCAUAUAAUAGGCAUCCUCACAAAUGUUUUGUACACAUGUAAGAUCUGCAAUCGGAGGGGGGCUGUCAAUGUUGUUAGGGAGGCUCGGGCCCUGGGGCAACUGCUCUGGCUACCCCAUCUACUGUACUAGUCCAAUCCUGCUUUUCAGCCAAAUCACGGUAACACUGCAGAGGUCAUUUCCAUUUCAGCCUAAAUACUGUGACACUGCACCGGACAAUACCAUUUCUAAAUAGUGGAACACUGUGCAAGAAAAAUACCAUUUCAGGCUAAGUACUGUGACACUGUCCAGGAAAACAGUAUCUCAGCCAAAAAUACUUUAACACCAUGCAGGAAGACACUAGUUCAGCCUAAAUACUACAGUACGAUAAUACUUGGAAAAAUCUGAAAAAUGUUUGAUCUGGUCAGUUUAGCUGACACUGGCCAUAUGUACAUUGCUCUGUUUUGCUAUGACCUUUUUUAUUAUGGAAAGGCUUGUAUUUAUGCAGCAUGGGUGGUGCAGUGGUUUGGCACUGUUGCCUCACACCUAUGGGACCAGGGAUGGAGUCUCUGCUAUGGCGUUGUUGGUGUGGGGUUUCCUUGGGGUACUCUGGUAUCUACCCAUAGUCCAACACAUGCUGAGGAGAACUGGAGUUAUCAAACUGUGAAUGGUUUGUGUGCCCUGUGAUGAGUUGCUCCCUACCUUAUGCCUGUAGCUUCCAGGAUAGACUACAGACCUUGAAUAGGACAAGCAGGUACAGGUGAUGGAUGAUUUUAAUUUAUUUUCUUUUUUUCAAUAACUCAAGCUGAAAGGUGCUCUGCAUCUAGAGGUUUGUAUUUUAUAGUACUAUUAUGAGUUUCUUGUCAUGUUGGAAAAAAUAGAGACCAUGAUACAUGGCCCCGCAACCCAGUAGGAUAAGCGGUUUGGAAAAUAUAUGGAUGGAUGGAUGAUACAUGGCAUAUCAAUAACCAGAAAGUAAUACGUCUAUUAGGUUUUUACAUUAGUGAUACACUCAUAAGUUAAAAUGAGCAACUAUACUUUGAUGUUUUCUGAUCCAACUAAAUAGGUUUUACUGUAGCAUUUGCCAAAAUUUGCAGUUUUGUAGUGAGGAAUAACAUUUUGUGGUAGGGUCAGAAGAUUAUACAUCCAACCAUUGACAUGAGAAAGCUAUAAUUAUUACUUCUCCAACAGCUCCAACUCAAUUUUCAAAAUAUUUCAACACCACAUGCUUUAUUUAGUUUGUGACACUGGAACAUUGAUGACUUGCUUCCCUGUACACAUCACUCAGUAACCCUUCACACAGGGAUACUGAGCCUGUGGCCCUGAGCCUUUUCUCUCUGCAUCACUCAGUAACCCUCCAGAUGCUGGAUGCUGAAUGCAGACGGAGAUGCUGAAUCUGUGGCCCUAACUCUGCGUAUCACUCAGUAAAGCUGUGUCCACACGACGCAAGUGACAAAACGUUUGUGGCAUUCUGUCAAUGAAGAGAACAGUGCCUCUCUCUACUGGCGCAGUGCCGCCUGGUUUUUGCUGCUUCACCGCAAUUGAACUUUGACCUAGUUCACUGACCUAUAGAAAAUCGGCAUCCAGUCAGAUAUCAUAUUCAGUUUGCAGCGGCUAGGUUCGGCAACUUGUAAAGUUUUGCUAACCUAUUGUGGGCUUUUUUUAACUUUUGCCUCUUUUUGACCCAACAGCAGGAGAGCAACCCGCAAACCAACAGUGUAAUUCAUUUUGUUCCAAGCCAAAAAAACACUUUACAAUCGCAUUUAUUUUCAGAGCAGGCACUUUCAUGACGUACAGUAAUGUUCACCUGUCCAGUGCCUUUCACAAGCAUUAGGAAGUUUGCCGCUGACCAAUUGAACAGGAAAGCAAAUUUUUGCCACUUGCUGUGUGAACAGUGCCUAACCCUUCAGACAGGGAUGCUAAGGCUGUGGCCCAGAGCCUUGACUCUCCUCUGUUUCUUUGCAUCUGUAUUAGCUGGUUUUGAUUUAUUGGGGGGGCUACUAACUGGAGGAUUACCCCCCCCCCUCCCCCCAAGAUCUUGGGGAGGCGACAUCAUGUUUUCAUCAUUCGCGUGCUUUAAAAAUGGAAAGUAUAAACUAUAUAGAUGGGAAACCAAGGAAAUUUCUUUUGAAUCCCAGUUAAAAAAUAUCCUGAACAUGUUUUCCAGUAUUUUUUGGUAUUUUUAUUGACUCACAAUUUUUCACAUAAAUAUUUUUGAUUUUCUGAUCUGAUCUGUUUUCAAGUUAACCUUUUGCAGCAGUCUGACAGCGAAGAUGUCUGAGAGAAUAUGUGUGUGUGCGUGAGUGUGAGAUGCGAUGUGAGCGCACACAGGUUUCCUGCUGAGAUGAGUGUGUAAGCGAGAGCGAGGCAUUUGGUGGUAUGACCUUUUUGAUAAAGAGUGACAGAAAGACAUCUGCCAUUUCGGGUUUCACCAUCCGGUGCAAGUGCAGAGACUCCAGCUGUCUGAGAAAAGGCCAGCCUCUUUUAUUGAUGUUUUGGCUGAGGCUUGUUUGUUCCGAGGUACAUUGUGUCUCGUUGUGUUUCACAGCACAUAGGGAAAUGUGGGGAACGUUAGUGCUGACGUUAGUGCAAAACCCACAACUGGUAGUGUACCAUGAACAUUCAGAGGUUCAUUACUGCAGGUCCUGCCAUCUCCUCCUAUGACACAUGAGCAUGUCUUCAACAAAUCGGCUUUAGUGACAUGCCUCUGAGUCCGUCUCUGAAGCCCUUUACCACACUGAUAGCUUAUUUUACCUCCUCUAUACCACACCGGUAUCUUAUUUUACCUCCCCUAUACCAUGCCAAUAACUUAUUUAGCCUCCAGUAUACCACACUGGUAGAUUAUUUUACCUCCUCUAUACCAUACCAGUAACUAAUUUUACCUCCUCUAUACCUCGCUGAUAGCUUAUGCUGUGUUCCAUUUUCCUCGGAGGUUGCACUCUGAACUGGGAAUGACAUCAUACAUGAGUUAACAGUGUACAACAAGUCAGAAUGCCAUUCAGCAAUUAACCAGAGAUCCUUUUCAAAAAGCAAGAUUUCUUCCUUACCCGGCUAACUUGUCAGAUUUCAUUUUUCCCAGUUUAAAGGCCUUCAUCUUUGUUCAUUGACAGUUAACCCAGACUACCUUAAAUCCGACAAAUCUAUCCGCUUAAGCUGGAAAUCCUGCUUACUGAAACUGGCCCGAGUUCUAGCCCGGAUUAAUUGUGUGCCAUUGUUAGCAAUAAUAGUGGAUAACAACACAUUAUACAGUAUAUUGAGUAUAAAAACACCGUAGCAACACGUCCACAAAUAGUGGUUGGACAGUACUGUGUGUACGCCACAAAUAAUAUGUAAAUGCUAAUAAACCAUAUAAAACUACUGCUUUAACUUCUGUUGAUAAAGGGCGCAGCCAUCUUGAAUUUUGAGCUCAGGGUUGUAUCGAUUCUUCCAAGGUCACGAGUCGUGUUCCGUGUUCCUAGUAGUUUCCUACUAGGAACUUGGAAUUUACUGAGAGUUAGAAGUUCAGUUGGAAUGCAGCAUUAUUUUAAUUCCAGUGUACCACACCAUUAGCUUAUUUAACCUCCUCUAUACCCCGCUGAUAGCUUAUUUUGCGUCCAGUAUACCACACCAAUAGCUUAAUUCCUCUGUACCCUGCUGAUAGCUUAUUACACCUACCUCACAGGUAUUUUACCUCCUCUAUACCCUGCUGAUAGAUUAUUUUGCCUCUUCUAUACCACAUCAAUAGCUUAUUUUACCUCCUCUAUAUCACAUCAAUAGCUGAAUUUGGGAUGUUAUGUAAAGAACACAUCUAAUAUCCCUUCAUCCAAGGUCCAUCGAGCCCUUUCAUGUGACCUCUCAACCACAUGACUCUCCCAUCAGUAGGUAGUGAUUGUUGUCUCUCCCUUGGAUACAGUCCCAUCUCUGUGGCACCUUAUUAAUUACCCCCCAUCCCAAGUGCCUAUUUUCUUUGCUGGUGAAUUUUUUUUCCCCGUUUCCAUUAUAGAAUGAAUAAUGUGCCAGAUCGGGGAGGGUCCUGUAGACAUGCGACACCAAAAGGAAUAAGGGGAGGGCAUGAUCCUGGAAUAAGGGGGCCUAACCCUGCAGCUCACUAUUUCAAUUUGCUCUCUUUCCCACACCCACACAAGCAUACCGUUGACUGGAGCCAGGGUAAAGCUGACCCAAGCUUGUCGCAUGCCCUCACAUAGUGCUGCCAGUGUGUAGACUGGAAAAGCUGCUAAGGUUUCUCCAAAAAUGGCAGCGUUCUCUCACGCGCAACACACAGGCUGCCAUUACAUAAGUGACCUUUUACUCAGAAGGCAGGCUGGUAGCUGUCCUCUCAAUGCUCUGGUUAGCAAGCAAUGUUGUCCCCUUCACAUUGCGGCUAGCCAGCGCCGCUGUCCCCUCGGUGCUGUGUUUAGCGAGUGGCACUGUCCCCUCUGCACUGUGUUUAGCGAGUGGCACUGUCCCCUCUGCACUGUGUUUAGCGAGUGGCACUGUCCCCUCUGCACUGUGUUUAGCGAGUGGCACUGUCCCCUCUGCACUGUGUUUAGCGAGUGGCACUGUCCCCUCUGCACUGUGUUUAGCGAGUGGCACUGUCCCCUCUGCACUGUGUUUAGCGAGUGGCACUGUGCCCUCUGCACUGUGUUUAGCGAGUGGCACUGUCCCCUCUGCACUGUGUUUAGUGAGUGGCACUGUCCCCUCUGCACUGUGUUUAGCGAGUGGCACUGUGCCCUCUGCACUGUGUUUAGCGAGUGGCACUGUGCCCUCUGCACUGUGUUUAGCGAGUGGCACUGUCCCCUCUGCACUGUGUUUAGCGAGUGGCACUGUCCCCUCUGCACUGUGUUUAGCGAGUGGCACUGUCCCUUCUGCACUGUGUUUAGCGAGUGGCACUGUCCCCUCUGCACUGUGUUUAGCGAGUGGCACUGUCCCCUCUGCACUGUGUUUAGCGAGUGGCACUGUCCCUUCUGCACUGUGUUUAGCGAGUGGCACUGUCCCCUCUGCACUGUGUUUAGUGAGUGGCACUGUUCCCUCUGCACUGUGUCUAGUGAGCACCGCUAUUCCUUCAGUGUUAUGGUUAGUGAGCAGUACUGUCCUCACCAAGCGCCACUGUCGCCUAUGCACUGUCCCCAGUGAGCGUCACUGUCCCCUCAGGACUGUGGACAGGGAGUAGUGCUGUCACCGAUGAGUGCCACUGUCCCCCCAGUGCUGUGGUUAGUGAGCGACGCUGCCCCCUCAGUGCCAUGGUUAGCUUGUGGCACUGUCCCCUCGGUGCGGUGUUUAGGGACCAACACUGUGCCCUCAAACUUGUGCUUAGCGAGCAGUGCUGUCCCCAGCAAGCGCCACUGUCUGCUCUGCAUUGUCCCCAGGGAGAGCCACUGUCCCCUCAGCACUGUGGUUGCUAGGCUGCCAGGAAAAAAAUGCCUUCCUGUUUAUUUACAUGUUUAGCAAAGCAUCCACAUCUCAAAAUAUGCUGACAUUGGCAUUUGUAACUCCAUAAGGUCCAGUGAUCAAAAUACAGUAUUGUUCUUUAUCCAAAAGACAAGCUACAUGGUGCAAACUUUGCAAAAAUACCAGUUUUUAAUGUCCCAUUUCCACCCUUUCAGGACAACAAGUGAGAGUAUUUGCAUUUGUAUUUGUACUUACUGUAUUUCUGUGAUAUUCUAAGUAACUCUGACUCAGAGAGUUGAAAUAAUGGGAUAAAACUAUUUUCUUAAACUAAAAAAGCUCAUAUAAAAAUACAGACACUUUACCAUGUUUAGAUAACUAGCAACCCUGUUCUUUCAUUGGAAAAUGAACGUCCGUGGUAAUGCGAAUCACCGUGGUGUGAAUGUAAGGUCAGGCAUCUGCUGACAUCAAAGCAAGCGUAAAAUUAACUGGCCUUAGUAUAUGAGAUGCAGUGAUGCAUCUGAGCACCAGAGGGCAAGUUUUUUCAUUCAGCAGCUAAGACUCCAAUAAGGUCCUGCAUUGAUGUUUGACCAUUCCGGAAAUUAACCUAGAAAAACAAAAAAUGCAUAUUAACCUAAAAGAUUGAUCCAUAAAUUUUACAGAUCGAUAUGAAAUCAAAACAAAUCUUGAAACAUUUCUUUCAACUGUUAAUCACAAAAAGAUAUUUUGCACACCCCUAAUGAUUUGCAUGAAAAGUAGAUUGUGGAUGUCUUCUAGACUGAACAGGAUGUCAAAUCGCCAGAUCACCCACCCCUAAUAUAGCGUAACUAGUGAUUUUGAAUGACACAGUAUAGUCAAUUAAAAAGGCCAAGAGGAUGUUGAGUCACAUGUCUAGGUGUCAAGGGAGAUGAUGCUAAGAUUAUACAAUUCGUUGGUAAGACCCCACCUAGAAUAUUGUGGGCAGGUUUGGUCAUCUUACCUGUAUUGUUGCCUUAGAAAGGGUUCAACAUAAAGCUACAAGAAUGAUUCCUGGUCUUAGAGGAAUGUAUUAUGGGAAGAGUUUAGCUGAGCUGAAUCUGUUCAGCUUCAAGGAAAGGAGACUAAGGGGGGACAUGAUCCACGUAUACAAGAUUCUAACAGGUAUGGAUGCGGUUAAACCAAAUAGCUACUUUAAUAUUAGUUCAAAUACAAGAACUCAUGACAUUAGUGGGAGAACAUUUAAACUGGAUUUGAGAAGCACUUCUUUACACAGCAUGUAGUUAGAGCAUAGAAUAGUCUUCUUGUUAGUGUAGUUGAAGCUAAAACCAAAUCAAAUCAAAGUUAGACAAGAUUUGAACAACUCUGUGCUAUUAGUUGAACUCUCCCCAAAUGAGCAGGAUGGGCCGAAUGGCCUCCUCUUCUUUGUAAAUUUGUUAUGUUCAUAUGUUCCGCUUGUGACCGCAAAUGGAAGGCAUUAGUUUUGGAGAAGGAAGGAGUGCAUGUGAGAGGGUGAGCACCAAGCAUGUUCCAGUACACAGCAGUGCUGUACUUCGCUCAUGCUACAGAGACAUUCCUUACCCACUUUCACACCAGUUUACUGAGGGUGUCUGACUGCAUUUGUCCUCUUGACACUUUGUCAAUAAAGGCUGUAUGACUGCAGGUCGUAAUGGGAAGAAAAGUCUUGUGUUUUCCUGGAAACACACCACAAUUGGAGAGCAGUGGUUUCUGUUGUCUCUUGUAUUGGCUGAGUGCAGCUUGAGGAACUUGCAGAGUGAAUCUGUGUUUCUAGAGGUUCGUUUAUUUGUGUUACGUUCUGACUAUCCAGCAGUUGAAGGAGCAGUACUGCAUUACCCCAAAUUAUGGCCGAAAUCCAGUGCUGACCGACUCCUUCUCACACCAACAGCUUCUUCAGAGCAUACGCUAAAGCUUUGCUCCUUCACCUGCUUUACCUCAUUGCCAUGGAUACCUUUUUCCGCCGGCACUUUAAGAGGAAGGAGGUGGGUGGGCCGGACUGCUGCAGGCCUCGCCGGGCCAGUGUGGCAGUGCCCACUAGCAAGGUGCGUCGCCGUUCCAGUGCGGGGCUUCCAUCUGCCGGGCUGAUGCAGCGCCGUCGCUCGAGUCUGCAGAUACAGGCCAUGACUGCCAUCUCUGAUACCCAUAACUCCAGGGCCAAGACUCGCUAUGCGCGAAGGCGCUCAAGCACGACCACACCCAGACUGAACCCUCGCUUUGCUGUGCGGCGCAGGCAGGGCGCAGGCAGGCCACGCACCAUCGAUGCCCACCUCCUCGGACCUUCUAUGCUGCUGGCCAGCCUCAUCCAGAUGACCGAAGAGGAAGAUGCCACAGUGGACAGGGCUCAGCGGCCACGGGAGGACCACGAGACCCUUAAAUGUAGCCCCCCGCCAUCCAGUUCGGAGGUGGAAGAUGACAGCUGCGACAGCGCCGACAGCCUGUCUGGGGAGAGCAUGAGUGAGCACUCUGAGCUUGAGGGCACCACCCAGUGCAGGGAGCAGGAGGUGUCCCAGGCGGUGGCAGUGGAAAGCCUGCAGCCGCGGCCUCUGCUCCGCGCCCCUCGCUGCCUGCGUCGGAAUUCAUCACACCUCCUGCCAGCUGAUGCCCUCUGUUAUCAGAAGAGCUACGACGGGCUGUACGGUCGCUACUACUGUUCCAGUCAACGCCGCUUGUCCACCUUCUCCCAGUCUGGAGGCUCCUGGCCUAGCAAGGCUGUGGCUCUGAGCAGCAGGAGGAGCUCUCGUGUGGGCAGGCGUCCCUCGUUCUACCGGAACUGCUCAACGUGCUGGAAGUUGCCUGCCCGCCGCAGAUCACUCAGCCCCCUGCAGGGGGCGUACUAUGACCCCCAGCUGGAGACAUGGAGUGUGUUCCUCGCAAAAGCCAUCGCCAAGGCAGGCCUUCAACAUCUGAGUGCCCAGCCCUGCGUAUCUGCUGUGCUGAGAGGCGACCAUGAGCGCGAGAUACGCAGCACCGUGGAUUGGAGUGAGAAUGCUGUUUACGGAGAGCACAUCUGGUUUGAGACCAAUGUCUCUGGGGACUUCUGCUAUGUUGGAGAGCAGCACUGCAUCGCUCGAACGAUGCAAAAAUCAGUACCUCGGAAGAAAUGCGCUGCUUGCAAGAUAGUGGUACACACGAUUUGCAUCGAGCAGCUGGAGAAGAUAAAUUUCAGGUGUAAACCAUCGUUUAGAGAAUCAGGAUCAAGAAACAUACGGGAGCCUACUGUUGUCCGGCACCACUGGGUCCACAGGAGGCGUCAGGAGGGCAAGUGUAAACAAUGUGGAAAGGGCUUCCAGCAGAAAUUUGCUUUCCACAGUAAAGAAAUUGUGGCCAUCAGCUGUUCGUGGUGCAAACAGGCAUAUCACAACAAGGUGACAUGCUUCAUGCUGCAGCAGAUAGAGGAGACAUGCUCUCUGGGGGCUCAUGCUGCCGUCAUCGUGCCCCCCACCUGGAUAAUUCAUGUCCGCAGGCCCCAGAGCUCACUAAAGUCAAGCAAGAAAAAGAAACGGACCUCAUUCAAGCGCAAGUCCAGCAAGAAGGGUGCAGAGGAGACGCGGUGGAAGCCUUUCAUCGUGAGGCCUAUUCCUUCGCAGCUUAUGAAACCUUUGCUUGUGUUUGUCAACCCAAAGAGUGGAGGAAAUCAGGGAGCUAAAAUAAUUCAGUCCUUCAUGUGGUACCUCAACCCCCGGCAAGUUUUUGACCUGAGUCAGGGAGGACCCAAAGAUGGCCUGGAGUUGUAUCGUCGGGUGCACAACCUGCGCAUCCUGGCCUGCGGGGGUGACGGAACGGUUGGGUGGAUCUUAUCCACGCUGGAUCAGCUUCAGUUGAAUCCCCAGCCAGCUGUUGCAGUGCUGCCCUUAGGGACCGGUAAUGACCUGGCCAGGACGCUCAACUGGGGUGGUGGGUACACUGAUGAGCCUCUGUCCAAAAUCCUGUCACAUGUGGAGGAUGGGAACAUAGUCCAGCUGGAUCGAUGGAACCUCAUCGUGGAGUCCAACCUGGAAGCCAGCCAGGAGGAGAAGGAUGAGCAGCAGACAGACAAGCUUCCGCUUGAUGUCUUCAAUAACUACUUCAGCCUUGGUUUUGAUGCACACGUCACCCUGGAGUUCCAUGAGUCGAGAGAGGCCAACCCAGAGAAAUUCAACAGCAGAUUUCGGAAUAAGAUGUUCUAUGCAGGGACGGCCUUCUCGGAUUUCCUAAUGGGCAGCUCUAAAGACCUGGCGAAACACAUCAAAGUUGUGUGCGACGGCACGGAUCUGACCUCCAAGGUCCAAGAGCUGAAACUGCAGUGCCUCGUGUUUCUCAACAUUCCCAGGUACUGCGCAGGCACCAUGCCUUGGGGGAACCCCAGUGAACACCACGACUUUGAGCCUCAGAGGCACGACGACGGCUGCAUUGAAGUCAUUGGCUUCACCAUGACCUCUCUGGCGACUCUUCAGGUGGGGGGGCAUGGUGAGCGCCUGAACCAGUGCCGGGAGGUGACCCUCACCACCUACAAGCCUAUCCCGAUGCAGGUCGAUGGGGAGCCCUGCAAACUGGCCCCCUCCAUCAUUCACAUCUCACUGAGGAACCAGGCUAACAUGGUGCAGAAAACCAAAAGGAGGACCUCCAUUCCCCUACUCAAUGACCAGCAGCCCAUUCCGGAGAGGCUCCGCAUCCGUGUGAAUCGCAUCAGCAUGCACGACUAUGAGGCCCUGCAUUACGACAAGGAGAAGCUGAAAGAAGCCUCAAUCCCCCUGGGCCUGAUUGUCAUCCCUGGGGACAGUGACCUGGAAACGUGCCGCUUGCACAUCGAGAGGCUGCAGGAGGAAGGAGAUGGUACAAAACUGAAGACCCUGUCCUCGCAGAAACUCUCACCAAAGUGGUGUUUCUUAGACUCUACGACUGCUGACCGAUUUUAUAGAAUAGAUCGUGCUCAGGAACACUUGAACUACGUGACAGAGAUCUCACAGGAUGAACUCUUCAUCCUUGACCCGGAGCUGGUCAUCACUGAGACGGUGGGCACGUCCCCAGGCAUGCCCGAUCUCGUCGAUUCCUCAGCAGAGUACCCAGGCCCAACACGCCAGUUUGCCUUCCCAUCAUCCUCUUCUCCGCCUGCCUCCCCUCUCCCCUCGAUCCUUGAACUGCAGAAGGCCACACAGCGGAAGCGCAUCUCCAGCGACAGCGCUGUGGCAGAGGCUCUAGCACAUGGCGACUCGCCUCGAUCGCCCGUGCCAUCACCCUGCAGGUCUGAGGGGACUGCCAUAUGUGACACAGAUAAAGUAUCAGCUGAAAUACUCUUUGAGUGUGUGAAGAGCAAAGACCACCGAAUGCUGAAGGAGCUUCACAAGCUGGGGGCUGAUCUGUCUGUGCAGGACUUGUCUGGCUGCACGUUACUGCACCAUGCUGCCACUGCCGGCAGCAAGGAGAUUGUCAAGUACAUCAUAGACAAUGCAUCCAGUGAUAUUUUGGAUGUAACCGAAAAGGAGAGCGGAGAGACAGUCCUGCAUAAAGCAGCCGCGAUGCGUCAGAGGACCAUCUGCCAUUACUUGGUGGAAGCUGGGGCGUCCCUAAUGAAGACUGACCUGCAGGGUGACACCCCUAAACACCGUGCAGAAAAAGCCAAGGACCCUGAGCUAGCAGCCUACCUGGAGAACCGGCAGCAUUACCAGAUGAUCCAGCGGGAGGACCAGGAAACAGCUGUGUGACCCAGCACAGCUUCUCUCCUCAUGCCAAAUGCUCAGCUUACCUGGGUAGGAAAGAGUUUAAAGGGCAAGGAGGCCAGUCAGGGCAGCCCAUCCUGCUUCCUGCACGGUGGCAGCCAGGGACAGGACACUGAGUUUCUUUUGAAGUUUCCUAUAUUGCACUGCCAAAAAGACUAUUGUUGUUGUGUUGUACAAGAAUGCACAAAAGAGCUACUUUCCGUUUCUGUUGUGUUGUUGCUUUUUUCACCACAGCAUCAGGUCCAAAGAGACUUCGAUCAUAGAGGGAGUUUUGCACAAAUGAGGAACAGAAUGUUUGAAGCUUGAAUGUGUUGCCGAUCUUACUGUUCUCUUGCAAUAUCUCCUUUGCAAUAUCAAAUCUGCCAUCACAAACUGCCUGGUGAUAAUAACUAAUUAUACUCGAAGGUGACCAGUCUGUUAGCAUUAGAUUUUUGACUCAUAAGAGAGUUGCUUAGAUGUGUUUUUUAUGACUGCUGUAGUAUCAUUUUAAAUGUUUUGACUGAUUUUUUUUUUUUUAACCAAACCUCAAUUUGUUGGUUUAACCUUCAUCUGAAAUUGACAUUUUACAUUUAAAGCCUCAUAUUUCUCUGUAUGAUUACAUUAUUUUAUUUUGUUCAAUGACAAGGACUGAGGAGUAUUAUCAUUGCAGUAGUUGUGUAGGUUUACAGGAGAAGGUUGGGUACUGUACGCUUAUUUUAGAAGAUAUCUGUCAAAGCAUUUUUUUCAUCCUAUAGCUUUGAUGCCAAUAUUUUCAGCUGAUUAUCUGAACUUCCACUUAGUGCUGGUUAAUGGUAUACUUGUUAUUACAUUUUAAAUACACAGAUAUUUAUAUAAGGCAUUGAUGUACAAAAAUACUAUUUUGCGUCUUGUGUUAUUAUAAAAAUGUAAAUUUUAGAUAUAAAUAUUUUUCAGAAAUUGCUAGCUGUUCUCCCAUGUUACAUAUAACUAUUAUUGUGAAACAUUCUUGUGUUAACUUUGCAGUUCCUUUUGCAGUUCUUACCAGAGAAGCGACUAGGAAGAUUUAAGCUGUGUGUUAGGCUGUAACCAACUUCUUCAAUUUUCUCCCAGUCUACAUGGAUACCGCUCAGGUCUACGUGGUGAAUUCCAAAGGAAGCUGGAUAAUUGAUUCUGACGAAAAAAUGUGUUGAGGCUAUUUAUUUUCUAGACUAUUUUUGGCUGUGUAUAGAACUGAUUGACAGUUAAAAUAAGGAACUGUUUAAUUUAAGAUGAUGAAGGCUGUUGAAAUGGCCUUAAUAUCAUAUAUUUUUUUUUUUUUCAGAGUAAAUUGAAAAGGCCUUUUGGCACGCAGAAAGACUCUCUUUUGCUGUGUCCCUGAAUGCAUUGUAUGUAUAUCCACUGUGACAGCUGGUGGCUGCUUUUCUAACAAUAAUUUGACUGAAAUGUGCACAGUGUAAAUAUACCUACAGUACGUGAAUGGCUGACAAACUCCCAGUGUGUUAAGAUACCAUGUAGGUCAUAGUGUUUCAAGCAUUGCUACAGUAAUUAACUGCUAAUUUUUGGAUCUGGCCGUCUUUAUGCUUGUACAGGGGAAGACAUAAUAGUCAGUCAUCCAUUUUAAGCUACUGCUUUUUAUACAAAAUAAAAACAUAUGACUAGCUUUUUCAGGUGGAGAAAUUGACGUGGAAGAGGUCUUGUCACACAUGUGGUCCUAGUUUCUUUUUAAUUCUAAAUGUUCUUUGUAUGUUAAUACAACCUUAAAUGUUUUUUUUCUUUCUUAAACCUUAUGCAAGAGCUUUUAUAUGUUGUACAGUGUUUCAGGUUCUCACACUAAGAAGACGCCUUAGAUUGCAGAUUGACUUUAAUGUAAUAUUUUUGCACUGAAGUUAGCUUAUUAAAAUUGCUUAAGAGAAUUAGGUUUACACAGGUGUCAUGAUAUGAAGCAAUUUUGACUCCUUCCUAGAUGUCUCCUCAAAAUGUAUUAAGGGUUACACAAUAGGAAUGUGUCAAUUGUCAAAUCUGUCCACUUUGCUUUUCCUGGCAAUCUUCACAUCUUUUUUUUCUCCCGCAUGCUGAAAUGUGUCCUUCUGAGACACUAUUGAGAGGUGAUUUAGAGAUUUGCUGCCAUUUCAGGUCCUUCCAAUAGAUAAAACUGGUUAGAAGUUAAUUUUGUGUGUCAUGGAGAGGAUGGACAAGGAAAGGAUAUCUAGUCAAACAUAUGUGACCCAUCACCACAAAAUGAGUCUUAUGGGUGUAUUUCUACCAGUGCGACUUAAGACUCAUUUCGUGGUGAUGGGUCACAUAUUUGAAAGACUAGUUUUUAAGACAGCUCAUCCUCUACAGCUGGUGAAAUUUUUAGUUAAUAUUAAAUCUAAAUAUUAAGUAUUAAAUAUAAAAUAUUAAGUCAAAAAUACCAAGAAAUUGGUUGGGCCUUUUUGAAUAUCUAUAUAACCAUUUGGACCACUACCUUGGCAAAAUUAGUAUCCAUAAUUCCAUUCAGUAGGAAAUGCUUUAAACAUGAUCUCUGGGCAGGGAUGGACAUAACUGGUACACAAGUCCGCAUUCACCUUUAAAAACGAUACGUGCGAUAAUCGAUUGUUUGUAAAAGCACAAAUGCACAUAAAAUAAGUAGCAUUUGCACUUUUACAAAUGUGACAAGAGACGUAUACUGGUGUAUAACUUUCUGUGUGUAAAAAAAGGAAGAAAAUAACUCGCAUUUUAACCUGUAUACCGCAAAUGAAGUAGAGUUAGCAUAUAAAGAUUAAAAUGCAUUAUAUUUUGUUUUCAUAUCAGCGCAAAUAUACAUAAAAUAAGUAUGAAUUUUCACUGUUACCAUAAUCGAUUGUCGCACGUAUUGUUUUUUAAGGUGAAUGCGUACUUGCAUUCCAGUUAUGUCUAUCCCUGUUUAUGGGUCAUAAUAUUGCAUGUUUUGACUGGCAGAUAAUAUUGUCAUAUUAGAUAUACAUACUCAGCCAAAUGCACGUUCUGGAUCUCAGAAGCAGUUUAUUUGCUAUUGUACCACUUAGUUACAACUGGACCAAUAUAAAAAUGAAUCCAGACAUGUUCAUAUUUCUGAUGCGGUCCACAGUGUCCUCUUCGUCCCAGCAUAUAUGUGUCUGUUGCCUUCCAGAAUCACUUGAGUGUGUAAAUGAUGGACACAGAAGUGCCAUUAAAAGGUGCAGUACUCUUAGAUGGCUAUAGGGCUAUUAUAGUAAUGGUACAUCAAUUUGUUGCAUUCUUUCCAACCCAGCUGACUAUGGUCCCAAGAUGGAGACCUUGGAAACACAGGCCAACCCUGCAUCUUCUAGGAGGAACUCAAAGUAUUUAACCGAGUACCAUAACCCUUAAUUAUUCACUGUACACUCAGGAGUUCUAGCAUCCAGUUUUAUAAAAAUGAAAAUAACAUGGUAUUUCUAAAUAUUCAUUCACUUAAUGAAGGUUCAGUAAGCCAUUAUUAUUUAUUAUUAUUACUAUAAUUAUUAUUAUUAUUACACACCUACGUUUGCAAGGUUCAUUCCAUGCACUUUACGAUGCUGAUCUGAUUGGCCAUCUUUUUGUAUUUACUUCAGAAAUAUAAGUUUUAUAUAAUGUAUAUUCUAUGGAGACAGUUCUGCUUUGAUUUUUAAGCUAUUUCUAGUUCCUGUAUCAACAACAUUCUUUUUUUCAAUAUUUACCUGGGUUUGGAUAAAGUUAUACCCCAGUGUACAUAGUCCAGGGAUCAGCUUGUUUUAGCAUGCAUAAUUUAGCCCAGGGAUCCUACUAACUCAGCGUUUCUCAAACUUAUUUAUCCUGGGGACCAGUCAUUUCAGGUUUGGGGGCUGCAGGGCCCUGCAUAAAGACCAUCCCCAAAUCCCCCCCCCCCUCCCCCCCCUGCGCGGUUGCAUAUCCGCAUAGAUAAAUAGUUAUAGAUAGAUAGGCUCCGCGGACCGGCAGGAACCCUCUCACGGACCAGCACUAGACCACGGCUCAUAGUUUGAGAAAUGCUGUACUAACUGAUAUAUUCAGUGUUAUAGCUUAAGAGCCUGGUAACUAGUACCUUGAUGGUUAUAAAAAUCAUCAUGAAAAACAUGGACCCACUUUGGUUGUAGAUAUCAUCACAGUCAGCUCAGUACACUCAGCUGGGACUGAAGCGAAAACCAAAAAAAAAAAUACACACAAAAACAUUUUGUGAAAAUAAUAUGAAAAAAAAAUAUGCCUUGAGUUACAGACUAGAAUAUUUGGCUAUUUUUUGUUUUAUUCUAAGUUAUGAACAAUUCUGUCAUUUAAUUGCCACGUUUUAUUAUGUCCAUAUACAGUAAUGUGUUAAUUACCAGAAAUAUCCAUUUACUUCUUUAGAUGGCAUAGAAAGAUAGACAAAUUUCUCAAAGCAUCCAAAGAUUAUUUCUUUAAAUGACGUACCCUGUUUGAAAUAAAAAAAAAGAAAAUGAAAGUUUUAUGUAUGCUGUUGCUGGCUGUAAUUAGUGUCGCUACUGAACUACACAAGGAGAAACACUUAUUUAUUAAUUAAAAGACAACUUAGACGUCAGUGCAACCUUACUGCAGAGGUACAGAUUUUCAGCAAAACAUUUAAAAUAUUCAAGCAGCUUUGCUCCAUUUCACAAGAUGUGCUUGAUAUGACUACAGUGAGACAGCAAGCAGGUGUGUUUUGUGCUUUUUCAAAUGUUUAUUCAUUUACUGAAUGUGUUAGGCAAACUGUUUACUGCCUUAGUUUAUAAAUUGGUGAGUUAUGUUUUCUGAGCUUUAUUUGAGUUGCAGUGCAAUUCAAGGUUAAAAUGCAACAUAUAUCUACAGAGCAUUUCAAAACAUUGGUUAACUAUAGUGCAUUAUACAGAACCUUUAAUAUUAAAGAUUUAAUUUUGUACUUACAGUCAACAAGAAAGAACAAACAAGUGUGAAUUGUAAACUAUAGACUUGUAUGUUUGUUAUGUGGGUUGAUUUUAAUGUCUGCUUGAAAACAAUAAACCUUUUAAAGAA